CAGGCAUCAGCUCCCGUGGGGGACCUGUUUUCCUUCAAGAAGGUUCAACCCGAGGAUGAAGCCUCACCCAGCAAGUCCUGUUUUCAGAUUCCUGUUUCACAAAUGCCACAAGCCCCCCCGGAGGGACCCUCUCCCAUCCCUUGCUAAAAAAAGGGCUCUUUGGGUGGAGCUGAAAAUCCUUCGGCACGGCUGCGGAUGGUGGGGGGCUGUCGCACCUGCGAGGACCUUCCACGCCAGCCCCAGGGCCUUGGGGAUGCUUUGGGACCGCGGCCCCUUGCAGGAGUAUUUGCAGACGUUGAAGCGGGAAUACGAACGGAUCGAUGCGUUGCUGAGCACCUGCGCCGUUAACGAAUUUAAGAGGCGGGACCUCGGUCAACGGCGGGCUGAGUUGUCCCCCUUUGUGGAGACAUUUCAAGAAAUUCAAGAGGCUGAAAAACAAAUUCAGGAACUGGAAAAAAUGUGUACAGAGCUCACUAAAUCAGAGGAGAAACCUCUGCUAGAACUUGCUACGGAGGAGAAGGAAAGCACGAACCAGAAGAUUAAAGGACUCUAUCUGGAGCUCUGCGAGAAGAUAACGCCAAGGGACAAAUAUGACGAAAACGGUGUCCUUUUAGAAGUCACAGCGGGCAGGACGACGGGAGGUGACAUUUGCCAGCAAUUUACGAGAGAAGUUUUCGACAUGUACCAGAAUUACGCCGGAUACAAAGGCUGGACUUUUGAAAUCACCAAGUACUGCCGAGCUGAUUAUGGGGGUCUCCACCAUGCAGCCGCCCGCAUUUUGGGAAGCCAGGUCUACAGACAGUUGAAGUUUGAAGGAGGGACCCACCGGGUGCAACGCAUCCCCCAGACUGGCUUGUCGUCCAGAAUGCAGCGGAUCCACACCGGCACCAUGACGGUCAUCGUCCUCCCUCUGUCCGAGGAGGUGCAGAUAAAAAUCAGCCCCAGCGAUUUACGGAUUGAUACGUUUCGAGCCAAAGGUGCCGGAGGACAGCACGUUAAUAAAACAGACAGCGCUGUUCGAGUUGUGCACAUCCCUACAGGGAUCGUGGUGGAAUGCCAGCAGGACCGGUCUCAGCUAAUGAAUAAGGAAACAGCCCUGCAGACUCUGAGAGAGAAGCUCUACUUUCAGACUGUGAUGAAGGAAAUAAACGAACAACAAAGUACGAGAAAGCUGCAGUUAGGGACAAGAUCCCAGUCGGAGAGAAUUCGCACGUAUAACUUCAAUCAAGAUCGGGUGACUGACCAUAGGAUUUCCUACGACGUCCGUGAUAUCAAGGAAUUUUUAAACGGUAAGGAACACCUGGAUAAUCUAAUCAGCAGCUUGUUGGAGACUUCACAGAUGAAACUGCUGGCUGAGCAGCUGGAAAACAAUUUGAAAUCUCUGUCAGCGGGUUCCUGACUUGAAAAAAAAAGCCCUUUUAUUCUGUGUUUGUAAAAUUAAAGAGAACUAUUUAAGAAAC